UUUUUAUGUCUUUUUUAGAUAAGAAUUCACCCUGGAGGUGCAAAAAUUUUACACCGUGUUAUUGGAACUGAUAUUACCAACGAUUUUUUCUUAGAUACUUCAGAUCAGUCAAAGUUUACAUUUGAUCAAAAAGAUAGUGAAAACCGCCAUUCAAUGAUUCAAUAUAAUACACUUAAAAAAUAUGAUGACACAUCUAGUUUUGAUGAUUCUAAGCAAAAGAAAGCAGUACUAAAGAGACGUUCAAUAGCAAACGUUUUUGAUGUAAUUAAUAGUUCAUCAUUUAAAAAUUCUAGAGUGGCAACACAUCACCAUUCAACGUUUGCGACAACAAAAUUAGCAUCUAUGGUAAUAGCUAAAGUAAAUGAAUAUUCUGAUGAUUUACACAAAAUUCAACAAGUUGAAAGUGAACAUAAUCCGCAUGUUUUUAAAAGAUAUAUAUUGGUUAAUAAGGAAAUUGUAUCAAGAAGUGAUGCUCGAAGACCCGUAAUUAAACUUACAUUUCAAGUUAUUAAUUAUGAACAAUUACCAGAAUUCUUGCCAGGAGAUUAUAUUGAAAUUUUAUGUCAUAUUAAAGGGCAAGUACUAUUACGAUCUUAUACACCACUUCAAUCUGAUAAAGAAAAAUGUUUCUCGAUUAUAAUUAGAGUUUAUGAAGAAGGACUAAUGUCUAGACAUUUAAUGAAACAAUUAGUUGGAUUUGAAAUUAAAGUCCGUGGUCCAUUUGAUAUUAGUAACCAAAUAUCUCCAGUUCUUAGUCCUUCAAGUCCUAAUUCUUCAAAUCUUAGUCCUUCAAACCUUAAUCCUUCACAUUUAAGUAGAUAUUUAAGUAGAUAUUAUGAGCCAUCUCCAAGACAUAUAUUAUUGAAUUCCUUAUCAAAUGAUAAAUGUUGGGAUGUAUUAUUUAUGAUUGCAGGAGGAACUGGAAUAACUCCUAUGUUACAACUAAUAAAAUACCAUUUAAAUUACCUAAAUCAAUCACCUAAUAGAAACUUCAAAUUGUUUUUACUAUUUGCAAAUGAAACAAUCUCGGAUAUAUUUUAUUUUAAAUAUUUAGAACAUCUAGUAGCAGCAAGUAAUGGAAAAUUAAAAAUAACAUAUAUACUUACACGACCACCAUCAAAUUGGGAAGAAUUAAGCGGACAUAUAAAUGAAGAUAUAUUAUGUAAAUGGCUUUCAAAUAAUUAUAUACCAGAUGGUUUAGAUCAAGUUACUGAAAAUGAAAAUUCUACAUAUUAUAUGAAAAGAUAUAUGCAAGCUUUAAUACAAGAUUCCAAACAUACUAUUAAACUAAUUACAUGUGGGCCUCCUUUAAUGAUUGAUUCCAUUGAAGAAUCUUUAAAUAAUAUUGGAUUUCCUAUUAAUGAUAAAGCCAUUUUUAUUAGAUAAUAAUACUUAUAAAAUUUAUGU